CACCACUACCCCCAGUGCAGCAAUUACGGCGCUAAUUAGGGCACUUUGAUCAUCGCAAGCAAUGGCCACACUGGGGAGGGACGCUACCAAGCAAUUAGGGGUAAGGGGCUGGGACUUUGGGGGCCUCUUCCAGGGGUAGGGUGGCCAAGACCCUCAGGCAGCCCCCACCCUUCUCCCUCCGGGAGUGUCUGCCCCCAGCACAGCCAGAAGCGCCUUGGAGAGCAGAGGCAGAUGGGAACCCCCCCAUCCAAACCCUAGAGACUGGGCUGGCCCCUGCCCACCAGUACCCCUCUGCCUGGCCCCCAGCCCAACCGUCAGCGCUUCAGGCCCGUCCAGGCCCCUUUGAUGGGGCCGCAGAGACAAGGGCUCCUUUGACAGAAGGGGGGCCUCAGAGCUGGGACGAUGGUACUUCAAAGGUGAGGGUGGAGCCCAAUAUUCUGUUCCUCCCCCAAGACUGACCCCCCUCCCGGGUACCCCAGCCUGUCCUCUAUAUAGCGCCCCAAGCCCCAUUCCCCUGUGGGAUCCCAGGAGUUAAGGGCCAGGUGAGGGACCCACUCAGGGAAACGGGUAAUUCCGAUGUAAGAGAAUAGAGGCAGAUGAUUUGAGGGACAAGAAGACAGUGCCCAGGGGGAGUAAGGCAGCGGGAGGCACACGCCCAACGACACACUCCUGGAGGCUGGGCCCCGGGGGAGAAAGAGGACGGGGCCUCCGGCUCCUGGUCGCCAUGCUGCUGGCCGUGCUGCUGGCCCUGAUGCUGCCCCUCCCAGACUGGUCUGCCCACGGGCACCCGCAGUACACGCGCCUGCCCCCCAGCACCCUGAGAGCUCUGUCAGCCCAGGGGACGAAAGCGUUACAGGCUGCCCAGAGGAGCGCUCAGUGGAUGGUAAAUCGAGUGGCGUUGGAGAUUCAGCACAAACUGAAAGAGUGCCGAGGCUGCGCCGACCACACGCCCCCAUGCCCUGCAGGACCUGGGCGUCCCAAGCCUCAAGCCCCCCUCCAGGAUCCACCUGAGCCAGAUUCCACUUUUCUGGGGCCGUGUGGUGAGAGACGCCCCGACACAGUCAACGUGACGCGGGCCCAUGGCCGCAUCGUGGGGGGCAGCCCCGCACCGCUGGGCGCCUGGCCCUGGCUGGUGAGGCUGCAACUCGGCGGGCAGCCUUUGUGUGGCGGCGUCCUGGUGGCAGCGUCCUGGGUUCUCACCGCGGCGCACUGCUUCGCAGGCGCCCAGAACGAGCUUCUGUGGACGGUGACACUGGCCGAGGGGCCCCAGGGGAAGCAAGCAGAGGAGGUGCCAGUAAACCGCAUCUUGCCCCAUCCCAAAUUUGACCCCCGAACCUUCCACAACGACCUGGCCCUGGUGCAGCUGUGGACGCCGGUGAAGCCGACAGGGGCAGCACGCCCCGUGUGUCUGCCCCAGGGGCCCCGGGAGCCCCCGGCAGGCACCGCCUGCUCCAUCGCGGGCUGGGGGGCCCUCUUCGAAGACGGGCCUGAGGCUGAGGCCGUGAGGGAGGCCCGCGUGCCCCUGCUCAGCACCGACACCUGCAGAAGGGCCCUGGGCCCUGGGCUGCGCCCCAGCAGUAUGCUCUGUGCCGGCUACCUAGCUGGGGGCAUCGACUCAUGCCAGGGUGACUCUGGAGGCCCCCUGACCUGCUCUGAGCCGGGCCCCCGCCCCAGGGAGGUCCUGUACGGAGUCACCUCCUGGGGGGACGGAUGCGGGGAACCAGGGAAGCCCGGGGUCUACACCCGUGUGGCCGUGUUCAAGGACUGGCUCCAGGAGCAGAUGAGCGCGGCCCCCUCCAGCCGCGAGCCCAGCUGCAGGGAGCUUCUGGCCUGGGACCCGCCGGAGGAGCUGCUGGCCGAUGCCACCCUGCCCUGUGCCUUCUACGUCCGCCUGUGCCCGAGGCCCAUGGGACCCUGUGAGCGCUUGGCGCACCAGCAGUGCCAGCAGCGCCGGCGGCGAUGCCAGCUGCGCUCUCUGGCUCACACCCUGCUGGGCCUGCUGCGGGGCGCCCAGGAGCUGCUCGGCCCGAGUCCUGGGAUGCGACGCCUGGCCCCGGCCCUGGCUCGCCCCGCUGCGUCGCUCCGGGAGCCUCCCAGACACCCCGCCCGCGAGCAGGGUCUACACGCAGGCUGCCCUGGGCUGAAACCCCUGCAACAGAAGUUGGCCACCCUUCAGGGCACCCAUGCCUGGAUCCUGCAAGUCCCCUCGGAACGCCUGGCCGUGGAUUUUCAGGAGGUCCUGGCAGAGCUGGGCUCCAAGACGCUGACCGGGCUCUUCCGAGCCUGGGUGCGGGCAUGUCUGGGGGGCCGACGUGUGGUCUUCGGUGGCCUGGUGGGCCUGGAGCCCGCCACGCUGUCCCGCAGCCUCCCCCAGUUGCUGGUGCAGGCCCUGCAGGCCUUCCGCUCUGCUGCCCUGGGCGAGGCAGAGACUAAGGGACCCCAGAUGGGUGCAAGGCAGAGCCAGGAGCUGAGAAGGAAAGGGCACCAUCCACUCAGCCCUCAGCUUCCCCCUGCCAGGCAGCCAUAGG